UGGCCUGCAAGCACAGAAUUCCUUGUAUUUGGGAAAUCAAUGGUGUUAAACAUCUAGGCCUCACAUCCGACACGCUCAAUGGCACGGUGCCAGGUUCCCCUGACGUGAUGCACGGCAGCGAAGCGAGCAAAAUCCCUGGCUUGAUGCCGCUUGCAUUGUGGUUGGCUACCUCGACCAUUCAUUCCAUUCAUUCCGGUAGUGUCUCCAAGUUCCUUAUUGGGAGCUGGAUGAUUCGAGGUGAUUCCAAUGUUACCGUGGGGUCUAAGACCUUCAUGUCCUUCAAAAGAAAACGUUUCAGUGGCGCAGCGCGCACGACAAGCUCAAGCCGACAGCUGGACUUACUGCGGCGUGAGCCGUUUUCCAUUUCCCGGGUCCCGGAACAGGCAAGCGUUGUGGUGCCGUUCAAUUGUGAUGAAGCAGGUUUCCACUUGGCAUAGAGCAUAUGCAUACGUCCCCGCCUCAUGCAUUUGCUCCUUUUUUCGAAUACUAUAUUCAUUCAUCUUUCGCAUGAAUGAGGCAGGGGGCAUUUGGACACUAUUGACGAUGUAGACGUUUUUACUCACGCGUCGUCUAUGCGUUUGGCUUACUUGUUGCGGUUUAAGAGGCCCAC